GUAUAUGAAACAGUAACAGGUGAAGAGGCUGUUUCCUGGCUUUUGCUUUACCAGUCAAGGAUACUCAGAACAAAGGCGUGGCUGCCCAUGAGCUUUACAAAAAUCCUCUCUCUCUCUCUCUCUCUCUCUCUAUAUGUAUAUGUUAUAUAUUUAUCAUCUCUCUAUCUCUAGAGAGAGAGAACCCGUGUAUAUGGUGUUCUUAAAUUAGGAAAGAGUCUGUAUAUAGCGUAUGUGACACCUUUUUCUUUAUCUCACUGGCUUCCGUUAAAGUGUAGAGGGAAUUCUGCUGUUUUUUCAUAGCUAAAGCAGGUUUUAUACCUCUCUUCCACCUUCAUAAUUUCCUCUUUUUUCCUCUCUCUCUCUCUCUCUAUCUUGUAUCCCCUACUCUCUCUAUCCCUCACCAGUUCAUUUUUCUUGAAAAAUAUUUGAAUUUCCAGUCUUGAUUUCUUGUGGACUCACUGAUUUAUUAUUAUUAUUAUUAUUUUUUUUUUGUUUAUAAAACGAAUCUGUAUUAUGGGUAUUUCUUUACAUAUUAAAAACUAUUAAGGUUUUACUUGCUCAAUUUUGUGAUUAAUUUCAAGAAUUUCUGCUUGUAUACAUAUGAAUUAGUAUUUUCUUUGUUCAUUUAGUCCACAGAAUACAUGUGUAUAUAUCAACUGUAGAGACUUCAAUUCAGACAACAUAAGAAGAUUUCGUCCAAGGUAAGGUUUCUUAUGGAAGUUUGUCAGCCAAGUUGAUACCAAAUAAAAAGCACGUUUGAAGAGCCAUGAAUAAGUCUCAGUUGGGAUCCAUCAGCAGUUCUGAUCUCAUUGAUUCGAAGAUUGAGGAGCAUCGAUUAUGUGGAUCCAAGCAGUGUCCUGGAUGCGGCCAAAAGCUCGAAGGGAAGCCAAAUUGGUUUGGUCUACCAGCAGGAGUAAAAUUUGAUCCAACAGACCAAGAAUUGAUAGAGCACCUUGAAGCAAAAGUAGAAGGCAAAGAAUCUCAGUCUCAUCCAUUGAUUGAUGAGUUCAUCUCUACAAUUGAAGGCGAUGAUGGGAUUUGCUAUACUCACCCAGAAAAGCUUCCAGGUGUAACAAGGGAUGGAUUGAGUAGGCAUUUCUUCCAUAGACCGUCAAAGGCUUACACCACUGGUACGAGAAAAAGACGAAAAAUUCAAACCGAAUGCGACUUACAGGGGGGAGAAACCCGGUGGCACAAGACAGGCAAAACCAGGCCAAUCAUGGUUAAUGGAAACCAAAAGGGAUGCAAGAAAAUUUUGGUUUUAUACACAAAUUUUGGGAAAAAUAGAAAACCUGAAAAAACAAAUUGGGUGAUGCAUCAAUACCACAUCGGCCAAAAUGAAGAAGAAAAAGAAGGUGAACUUGUGGUUUCCAAGAUAUUUUAUCAGACUCAACCAAGGCAAUGCAAUUGGUCCGAAAAGAAUAGCACGAAUAAUGCCGUUGAAUUAGCAACUAGCAGUCAUCCAAAUAGGAAUAGUGACAGUCCUGUGAUCCGCUUUUCUAAGGAAAUAAUCCCUCCUCCAGAUGAAUUCUGUGGCGGCAGUGGUGGUGAUGGUGGCGGGGGCGGUGGCGGCACUGCUACCUCUCCUAUGUCUGGCUAUGGUACAUUAGAUAUCCAACAACUGAAAGCAGACCAUUUCAGCUUCCUUCCAUUUAGAAAACCCUUUGACGAGGCUGGGAUUGGAGAAGCUUCAAUUGCAAGCGAAGUUUCAGCUGCAGGCACGUGCGAUGAGCAUCAAAUGCCGCCACCUCACGUGACCAAUGAGGCUCAUGAGCAACACCAGAUUGCAACCGCAGCAUACCACAUCAGCAGGCCUUCACUCUCUAUAUCCGCCAUAAUUUCUCCACCACCUCUACAUCAUCAUACCUCUAUCAUUCUUGAUGAGGACUCCUUCCAUGUCCCUAGAACGAUUCUCCAAAAUCAAAAUUUUCAGCAGCAACAUCAUAAACUCGGAAGAAGGUCUGCAUCAGGAUUGGAGGAAGUCAUUAUGGGCUGCACUUCAACUGAUCACUUCAAGGAAGAUUCAUCCAUUACAAAUCCACAAGAAUCAGAAUGGUUGAAGUAUUCCACCUUCUGGCAUGACCCUGACAACCCGGAUCAUCAUGGGUCAUAAGCUCUGCAGAACUAACUGUGCAACUAUCACAGUUGGAAAAAUAAGAAAGAAAAGAGGACAAAUGGACAAGCAACAAAGGGAAAAGAAAGAAAAUCAAGAAAAGCUGCUUUUCCUUGCAGAAAACAAGACCCCCAAAAGCAACAAGAAUUACAAGAUUAUGAUUAGUGUAUCAUGUUUAUGGUAAUAUAAUUAUUUUCUUCUUAUAGUGAUUGUAUAGUUUGUUUCAUUACUUUUACGAAAAUCAAAUUAAUUUACAGGUUCGAGGUAAAGUGAAAAGAGACUAUUUUUUUAUUA